GGGGGUGGAAGGUGCAAAAUGGCUGCGCCUGCGAGCUCGUGGGGCGAGUAAUGGGGCUUCUUGGGAAUAACCCCCUUCCUGCGAUCCCGAAAACAUCGUUUAAUAAGAUCGGGAUUUGCUGCUUGGGAGGGAAGACAUGGAUACUCCUGCAGACACCUGGGACAAUAUCCAUGCUCACUUAACUUUCCUGUGGCUGAACCGAUUUUACCUCUAUUCAUGUGCAGCUUUUGGAAUCAGCCUUUGGUUUUGCUUCCAGUUCCUCAACAAAGCCAAAGAGCAGAACAAAACUCGCCUUGCAGAAUUAAACCUUUCAAAAAUCACAGCUGCCAAAAAAGAACAGCAAGAUCCAAGCUUUGAGAAAGUCCAUGUAGCUGGAGUGAAGGUAUUCUAUGGUUCCCAGACUGGAACAGCAAAGCGGUUUGCACUGGUACUUACUGAAGCUGUUGCCUCCAUUAAUUUGCCAGCAGAAAUUAUUGACCUGCAAGAUUAUGAUCCAGAUGAUUCUCUCAUAGAUGAGAUAAGCAGCCAGAAUAUCUGCGUGUUCUUAGUUGCCACUUACACUGACGGCAAACCAACAGAGAAUGCUGCAUGGUUCUGCAAGUGGCUGGAAGAGGCGGCCAAUGACUUCAGAGUUGGCAAAGCAUAUCUGAAGGGCUUGCGAUAUGCUGUCUUCGGUUUGGGAAAUUCAGUGUAUGCUGACCACUUCAACACUGUGAGCAGGAAUGUUGACAAGUGGCUAUGGAUGCUGGGUGCUCGACGCAUUUUGUCAUGUGCUCGAGGAGACAGCAAUGUGGUGAAGAGCCAGCAUGGAAGCAUUGAGGCUGAUUUUGAGGCUUGGAAGGCCAAGUUGCUCAUGAGGCUUCAAGCUCUUGCCAAAGGGGAACAGAAGGCCUGUAGUGGGAGAUGCAAAAAAGAGCAAUGUAGAUCCAAAUCAAAAGUGAGCCAAGAAGCAAAAGAACAAGAGACCUCAGAGCAUGCGGAGAAAGAAGAAGAGGAUUUCUUUGAAACCACAAGUGAGGAGGAAUCUGAUACAGAGAAUGGUAGAGGUGCAGAUCAGGUUGUGGAUGUUGAAGAUUUGGGCAAAGUGAUGGACCAAAUGAAGAAAUCCCAGAAAGAGCAUCAGACUAACGGAGAGGUUCCCAUUGGAGUUGGAACUCAACAUGGCAGAGGGGAGGACGAGAGAAGAGAGAUGAUCACCCCUGCUCUUCGAGAUGCACUCACAAAGCAAGUCAAUGCUUCGUGGGAGAGGAGGCUGUUACAAGCACACCUUUUAUGGCAUGAAAGCCAUCGCUGUAUGGAGACCACACCGAGCUUGGCUUGUGCUAAUAAAUGUGUCUUCUGUUGGAGACACCACACAAAUCCUGUUGGCACAGAGUGGCGAUGGAAGAUGGACCAGCCAGAGAUGAUCUUGAAGGAGGCCAUUGAGAACCAUCAGAAUUUGAUCAAACAGUUUAAAGGAGUCCCUGGCGUGAGAGAUGAUCGCUUCAGAGAAGGGAUGGAGGCCAAGCAUUGUGCAUUGUCCCUUGUUGGGGAGCCAAUCAUGUACCCCCAGAUCAACCAGUUCCUAAAGCUGCUGCAUCAUCGCAACAUUUCAAGUUUUUUGGUUACAAAUGCGCAGUUUCCAGAGGAAAUUAGGAAUCUCCAGCCUGUCACACAGCUGUAUGUCAGUGUGGAUGCCAGCACCAAAGAUAGUCUGAAGAAGAUUGAUCGACCUCUUUUUAAAGACUUUUGGCAGCGGUUCCUAGAUAGCUUGCAAGCCUUAGCUGAAAAGCGACAACGCACUGUCUACAGGUUAACACUGGUGAAAGCUUGGAAUGUGGAGGAGCUGAAAGCUUAUUCAGACUUGGUGUCUCUUGGCAAGCCAGAUUUCAUAGAAAUAAAGGGCGUGACAUACUGUGGGGAAAGUUCAGCCAGCAACCUCACCAUGGCCAAUGUCCCUUGGCAUGAAGAAGUGACGCACUUUGUGCAAGACCUGGCUGACCUCCUCCCAGACUAUGAAAUUGCCAGCGAACACGAGCACUCCAACUGUCUCCUCAUUGCGCACAAGAAGUUCAAGAUAGAAGGGAAAUGGCACACCUGGAUUGACUAUGAUCGUUUUCAAGAAUUGGUCCAUGAAUAUGAACAGAGUGGAGGAAUUAAAACAUUCACUUCUGCUGACUAUGUAGCACUGACUCCUCCUUGGGCAAUAUUUGGAGCUAAGGAAAGAGGCUUUGACCCAGUGGACACAAGAUUUCAACGAAAAAACAAAAUAAAGGACAUCUCUGGAUGCUGACAACUUUAAAAUCGGACCAAACAAUCAGAAUUUUUGGUUUUUACACUAACAUCAGAAAGCGUUGCAUAAAACUUGAGACUUCUACCGUAUUUCUUUUGGGGCUGUCCAAAGUGGGUUUUUUUUUCCUUUUAUUCUACCCAGAGGAAAAUGGUAAGUUAUAUGUUUUUUAAAAGGCAGGUAGAUGCUAUGAAUUUAUCCUUCCCAUAUCUCUAAGUGAGAGAGAGAUACAGGUAGUCCUUGACUUAUGAUCAUAAUUGAGCCAGGAAUUACUUCUGUCAUAACUUUAAACAGUUGCUAAGCAACAGAUUAAGUGUAAUUUCACUUUCCACCCAUAUGCAUCCUCCUUACUUUUCCAUUUCUCAUUCUAAUCCAGAAGUGGACAGCUGUGCCCUUUCAGGUCCACAAUUUUUGCAGUCCUCACAGCACCCAGAAUGGUCAUGG